AUGGAAGGGGAUUACAAGAUGGACGAUAGCAACAAGUUGGCCCUCAUGUCCGAACCACCUCCGGAUUACACAGAAUCUCCCAAGCCUCCUGACCUUCCUUGGGGAAAACUCUUCAUCAUGGCGACGGCAGUGGUGGGGAUUGCUCUGGUGGUCCUGAUUUUCCUCCUGGUGGGGCUGCACCUUACCGAGAAACAUACAGAGGCGGUCCUGCAAAUGACCAUUCAAAGCCUGGACGGGAAAGGGUCCUCCCAGCACCUGGCCAUGAGCCAGAAGGAGAAACUGGCCAUAUUUCCCAUCCACAUGAACCUCAGCUCUUCAGCCACGGUGGUCUAUGAUUACAGCAAUCUGGUGAUCGGCUACCGAUCCUGGCCAGGGAAGUCCUGCUACGUCAUCAGAAUGAACCAGAAGGAGAUCCAAAGCCUGGAUGACGUCAUCGGGAUCUUCCAGCAUGUCCAGCCCCCUCCCUUGCUGCCCCUUGGACAGAGAGAGAAGCCAAUGGAAAACCUCUCGGCGCUGCCGGCUGAGCGUUCAACACUGGGAGCUGCCAUCAACCUUCUCUGCAGCAGCCUCCCCGUCUACUGGGUUUAACGGAGUCAGGAGGAAAGAGGCAGAGCGGCGGACGGAGAAGUGAGGAACCAACAAAUAUCUAAGGAGCUUCUCAGUCAUCCAG